AUUGUCCCACUGAGUGUUAUGAUCAGGUAGCUACAGAAAUCUGCCCCGUUUCCCCAGCCAUUUCGAGCUCAGUCGUCGAGCCAUACUCGUUGAUUGAACUUUAUGUUUUUAUCCUUUUCACUUUUAGUAGUGUUCUCUCUCUAGCAACAUGGCAGACAUCUCAAAGGAAGAUCUUCGUAAAGAAAUUGCCGCUAUCCUCAAAGAUGCCGAUUUAUCAUCUACAUCUGCCAAGAAGGUUAGACAAGAACUCGAAGAAAAAUUAAGUGCAAAUUUGCAAUCGAGAAAGAAGGAGAUUGAUGACUUAGUCAUGGAAUUUGUUAGCUCAAAACAAGAAAAGAAGGGUAAGGGAAAGAAGGGAGAUUCUGAAGAAGAAGACGAGGAGGAGGAAGAAGAAGAAGACGAAGAGGAUGAAGAAGAGGAACCCUCUGAGGACGAAAAGAAAAAGAAACGUGGCUCAACUGGGAAAAAACCAGCUGCAAAAAAAGCCAAAAAAGGAUCAGAUGACGAAUCUGUUAGUGAACAGAGUGAUGGAGAUUCUGAAGAAGAAUAUUCGCCUAAAAAGUCCAAACCGAUCAAGACUCGCAAAUUACCUCCCAAGAAGAAGAAGGGCUCCGAAUCAGAUUCUGAUGAAGAUUGGGGCAAAAAGAAGGGCAAAAAAGGUGGCGGUGGCGGAAAGAAAGGUGGAAGCGGUUACACGAAAGUAAUGACUCUAUCUCCCGAACUUGCAGCUUUAGUUGGUCAAGAAUCAAUGGCUCGACAUGAAGUAGUGAAGAAAGUUUGGGCGAUAAUCAAAGAAAAAGAUUUAUAUGACCCUAAAAAUAAGCAGUACGCUAUUUGUGACGACGCGUUGAUGAAAGUAAUCGGAACGAAACGUUUUCGCACUUUUGGUAUGAUGAAAUACCUGAAAAAUCAUUUUAUUAGCUAAACGAUUUUCACAAUAGGCCGAUUAGCGUCCACACUAUUAAUUUUUCUUAUAUAAAUAUAUAUAUAUAAAAUACUCUCAUCGAGUAAAAUUAUUCAAAAGUAGUUUGGUGUUUGUAUUUUGUGCGCGUUAGUCGGCGAGUUUCAAAUAUAAAUGUUGAAAAUAGAAUUAAAAAUAUUUUUAUUAUAAGCCCCGUUUAGAACUGAUUUAGUUUUUAGGUUUUAAUAUUCACAAAAUUUUUUUUUAUAUACAAAUAUUUGUUACAGUUAAAACACAUAUUUCGUUAGAACUAGUUUUUCCUAGUUAAAACUAGUUUUUUUAGUUUUGUUAGUUUGUUAAAACUAGAAUUUACCACUAGAUAUAUUUCGGAUAUCAUAUCGAGCUGUAUUUAAAACUAACACUAGAAAAACUAAUUUGGGAUUGAAAACAAUUUAUAAUUUUAUAUAUUCAGUACAACAUCGUAAAAUCCGGAAUUGUUGGGAAAAGAUUGAUUCCGAAUUUUAGAUUUUUUGUUAGGGUUGUAAGUUAAGAAACUAAUUUUACCUUUAAAUCCAACAACAGAUUCGUCUACCGAUACCUCUCUUGAUGUAAGUGUAGCAUCCAAAAAUUUUUAAAAAUCGUUCUUUUCUAAAUAUGCUACUAAAAAAAAGUAUUUUGGCGUUAAACUCUUGUAACCAAUACUUUUGGAUAUUAGAUACGGUUAUCGUACCCGUAUUUAGGAUAACACCAAUAAAUUCGUUAAACUCUUCUACUGUAACAUCUACCCACGUAUGCCAUGUAGAACAUUUUGACAACCUCUUCUGUGCAAUUUUAUGUCUAGCGUAGUUAUUUGUUUGCUCCACUAUUUUUAUUAUUAGCUCAUCGGUAAAAAAGAGCUUGAAAAAAUCUAUGGGUUUUGUACAAGUAGCUUGUAUUUGUGGUUCUAUCAUUUUAUCCCCAGAAGUAAAUAGAAUCUUGUCUGGUACCUGAUCGUGCAAUGUAAUGUCCUGCCAUGGACCAAAAUUACUAGGUUGUCUUAUAUUCUCGUCGUCUUCACUGCUGCUUGAGCUUGAUGGUAAAGGUAAGAUUCUCUGUCUUUUAGCAACUAUAAUAUCUCUACCAAUACUAUAGUCACUUUCUUCACUAAUAUUAUCACUAUCCAAUUAAUUAUGCCGCCUAUACGGCGACAUACGAGUGCAAAGGGUUAAAAGUAUUGCUCGCACCUCUACUCAAAAAGACCACUUCCUUUGUCUUCUUUUUUCUUAAUACUAUGAGGCCCGUUUUUAUUUUCAACCUCCUAUCGCUUCAUGCAAACGCUAUGCGGGCAAAAGAAAGCGCAGUAGGCGACUGAGAAGCUAUCGCACUACACACACGCGUCAGUCGGCGUUGUGCUACAUCCACGUAAAUAUAUCCGCCAGCUUAUUGUACUUUUUCAAUUCAAUUUCGUCCACUAAAUUGUCAUAAUAUAAUAUUUUUUAAGUCAUCCCGAAUCACUAAUAACUUCUUUGAAAAUUCCUCAUUAUACGUGCUUAUCGGAAUAAAAACAAAGCGAACGGCUCUGUUUGCUCGCACUUAUUGAAUCAGGUUAUGUCUGGCGACAAAUCAGAAUGAAGUACUAUAAUCAGUUUUAACCGACUAUCCUCGGAGUAACGCGUUUUGUCUAGUAAGAACUAGUUUUAACUGAUAUUCGAUUUGAGCAUUAGUUAAUUCUAGUUUUAACAAAGGCAUUCAUUAAAAACUAGUUCUAUCUAAAAACUAGUUUUAACUGUAACAUAUAUAUAUAUAUAAAUGCUACUGUGUAUCGAACUUACCAUAACUUGCGUUGUAUAAUUUUUGCACUUGUAAAUGUUUUGUCAAAAAAUUUGUAUGAAGUAUGUGCAGAUUUUUAUUGAAUAAAAUCCAAAAAUAG